AUGGGGGCAGCAGCCGAGGUUGGGAUCUUCAGCGGAUUUCUAGACAGCUUUGGGUCCGCCGGCAGCGCUCAUUUCCUUCUCAGGCCCGGGGGCGCGGUGGAAUACAGCACGGUGAGCGGACUCGUUGAGCAAGAGCAGCACGAGCACCUGAUGUCGUCGGAACGUCUGUCCCGGAGUUUAGCGGACCUCAGCCACCUGAAGGGAAUCUUGAGGCGGCGACAGCUCUACUGCAGGACUGGCUUCCACCUGGAGAUCCACCCCGAUGGGACCGUGCAGGGCACCAGAGCGGACCACAGCAGAUUCGGUAUUUUGGAAUUUAUCAGUCUGGCAGUCGGGCUCGUGAGCAUCAGAGGUGUAGACAGUGGCCUUUACCUCUCCAUGAACAGCAAAGGAGAACUAUAUGGAUCACAGAAGCUAUCAGCAGAAAGUGUUUUUCGGGAGCAAUUUGAAGAAAAUUGGUACAACACUUACUCAUCGAAUGUCUACAGGCAUGGACAAAAAGGAGCGUUUUACUUUGUCGCUCUGAACAAAGACGGCACGCCACGGGAUGGAACAAGAUCAAGGCGGCAUCAGAGGUUCACGCACUUCCUACCAAGGCCUGUAGAUCCAGACAGAGUACCAGAACUGUACAGGGAUAUACUUGGCCAGAGCUGAGGCCUCACAAACGUGGGCCAUAAAGCAAACUCAAAGGUGUUGAGUGUGCAUCUAUUACUGCCCCCAUUUUGAGGGAGACGGAUGAUUCAAAAGGGAUGGCAAGAAAUGCACCAAAUCCAGAUUCCUGGAAUGGUGGAAGGAUAGCGACCCACUCAGAACAACUUUGGAAGGGAGCUCAACAGAAAAGCACCA